AUGGGAGGUGGGUACUGUGCUAGUGCAUUUGGACAUGUACGUGCUAGGGACUUGUUCGGGACAAGGAACACGCAGGGCGUUUGCAGCGUGCUGGCGCACAAACGGUUCGAGAGAGGGCGGGGGUGCAAAGAAGAAAAAGCGAGCGGUGAAACCGAAGUGCAGCGGGUUGCAACACGAGAUGAUUGUGAUGAUGCAGGCCAGAGUAGAGGGGCUGAAGAUGUGAGGGUGUGCGUGUCUACAAUAGCUAGAGGUCGAUGGAUACUGGCAGAUUGGCGAGACGAGCUUGAUGUGGCGGUCUGGUCAGGCGCUCAGCCGGGCGUGGGCAGAGGAGCAGAGGACAGCAAUCUCGGGCAGAGUUUGGAGUGGCUAUUGAUGUCGACGAAGAGGCUCAGCAGAGCCAGAGCCACAACCAGGGCACAGCCAGGCAAGGCCCUCAGCACGUCCCGGUACCUGAACUGCCCAGCGGCGGCACAACCCUCGACUCGGAGCCAGCCAGAUAGCAAUGUUUGGGCCAGUGAGUUGGCGAGCGUGACGAGAACGGACGAGACAGGAGCACGAGAGAUGAAGGGAUGGCGAUCACGGCCGCCUGCCGCCCACUCGUCGCAUUGCCAUCGCAACGCCGGGUGGUGCUGGGGAACGAACGGUGCAGUUCAUGGGGCUCGUUUCUGGGCUGAUGGAUGGGUUGAUGGAUGGAUGGAUGGAUGGAUGGGUGGGUGGAGGCCGAGUGCGCAAUGCCGUUGUGGCCCUAUGGUGUGCUCCACUCAGGGCCGCUCUCGCCGUCACGCUCGUUCGCUAGCACCGCACGCAGCACACGCAGCAGCUGGCCGCAGCAAUGAGAUGGCGGCGCUGAGUGGUGUGGCAGGUAACCCGGUGUACACUGUAGCAGAGUCGAGCGACAGCGACAGCACGUUUAAUGAUGGCAUCGCGCACAGGCCCGCCCCACUGACUCGCGCCUUGACUCUGCUGGCUCUGCUGGCUCUGCUGGGUUCCCUGGCCCGUUCCCAGCCCGUGCCCGGUCGUGGUUGUACUUGA